UGCGGAUAUUUAAUCCCCGCAUUCGGCCUUUAUUCAUAUUCAUAUCUUUAAAACAAUUUCAAUUUCAAUUUCCGUCCAAACCCAAGCCCUCUUCUUCUCCUUUCUCGUCUUCUACCCUCUCUCCCUUCUCACCCUAAAGGCUUAAACCCAAAAUCUGACUCCUCCAAUCUGUAUUUGAUCCAAAAAUCUCACCUGGGCAUCUCUCGCUCCCGUUAAAUUCUCACAGAUUGGGUGACCCACAUGAGUCCGACGGAUACGUUGGUUGGUCAGCUGGUGGAGUCGGUGAGGGAGAUUUCUGGGUUUCCCGAAUGUCGAAACACCUCCAAGAAGAUGUAUGGUAAUCUUGUUCGGAGGGUGAAACUUUUGAGUCCUUUGUUUGAGGAAUUGAAGGACAGUGAUGAAGAGCUCCAGGAAAACGAGCUACGAGCCUUUGAAUCGCUGCGGAUCGCUCUGGAUUCCUCCAAGGAGCUUCUUCGAUCCGUCAGCGAAGGCAGCAAGGUUUAUCAGGCUCUGGAAAGGGACAAAAUUGCCGAUAAGUUUCGCCAGAUUACAGAACAAAUUGAAGCAGCACUGAAUAUGAUUCCUUACGAUAAGCUCGAUAUAUCAGAGGAAGUUCAAGAACAGAUCGAGCUUGUGCAUGCUCAAUUCAAGAGAGCAAAAGGAAAAAGAGACUCUCCCGAUGUACAGCUAGAGGUGGAUUUAACCAUAGCUCAGAAAGAAAAAGACCCUGACAUUGCAGUGCUGAAAAGGCUUUCAGAAAAGUUGCAGCUUCGGACCAUUAAUGAUCUGAAAAAGGAAUCACUUGCUUUCCAUGAAAUGGUCAUUGCAAGUGGUGGUGACCCUGGAGACCACUUUGAGAAGAUGUCUUCCCUACUGAAGAAGCUGAAUGUCUGUGUACUGACAGAAAACACAGAAACUGACACCUCUGAGAGUGUGAAGGGCUUGAUUAAGCACAGAUCUCCUGUCAUCCCAGAUGACUUCCGGUGUCCAAUAUCGCUUGAAUUAAUGAAAGAUCCUGUUAUUGUUUCUACUGGGCAGACGUACGAAAGAUCCUGCAUUCAGAAAUGGCUAGAUGCAGGGCACAAGACUUGCCCAAAGACGCAGCAGACUCUGUUGCAUACAGCAUUGACGCCUAACUAUGUUUUGAAGAGUCUAAUUGCUUUGUGGUGUGAGAGCAAUGGUGUUGAGCUACCAAAAAAGCAAGGGGACUGCAGAAACAAAAAAUCAGGAAUUUGUAUUUCUGACUGUGAUCGAGCUGCUAUAGUUGCCUUGCUGCAGAAACUAGAAAGCAGGAAUCCAGAACAGCAGAGAGCAGCAUCUGGCGAGCUUCGGCUGCUGGCAAAGAGGAAUGCAGAUAAUAGAGUAUGCAUUGCUGAAGCAGGAGCCAUUCCACUCCUUGUAGAACUGCUGUCCUCAUCAGAUUCUCGGACCCAGGAACAUGCGGUCACUGCGCUGCUUAACCUUUCCAUAAAUGAGGCUAACAAGGGAAGUAUUGUAAAUGCAGGAGCUAUACCUGAUAUAGUAGAUGUAUUGAAAAAUGGCAGCAUGGAAGCAAGAGAAAAUGCAGCUGCAACCCUUUUCAGUUUAUCUGUUGUUGAUGAGAAUAAGGUGAAAAUAGGAGCAGCUGGUGCUAUCCCGGCUCUUAUUGAUUUGCUUUGCCAGGGGACUCCCAGAGGAAAGAAGGAUGCUGCUACUGCUAUUUUCAACCUCUCUAUCUAUCAGGGAAACAAAGCGAGGGCUGUAAAGGCAGGGAUUGUCCCGCCAUUGAUGAGCUUCUUGAAGGAUGCUGGUGGAGGAAUGGUGGACGAAGCACUUGCAAUACUGGCAAUUCUUGCCAGCCAUCAAGAAGGGAAGAUGGCCAUUGGACAGGCAGAGCCAUUCCCAGUUUUGGUGGAGGUUAUAAGGACAGGUUCACCACGCAACCGGGAGAAUGCAGCUGCAGUGCUGUGGUCAUUGUGCACGGCGGAUGUGCAGCACUUGGAAGCAGCUAAGGAGCUCGGAGCAGAAGAGGCAUUGAAGGAACUCUCAGAGAGUGGCACUGAUAGAGCAAAGAGGAAAGCUGGAAAUCUUUUGGAGCUCCUUCAACAAUCAGAAGUUGUUUCCAGUUUAUAGCGUUAGGGUUAUGUCUGCUAUCAGUUGGAUAUGGAGUACUUAGAAAAAAAGGGCAAUGGCAGCUUCUGGAGAUGCUGACUGGUAGGCAGCUUCAACACAUUCCCGGAGAAGCUGAUUGACCUAUAUAUAGAAUUAGAAACUGUAAUUUAUAUUGGCAAUGUUGGAAUAUUACACUAGAAGUUUGGCUGUAUCUUGAGAAUGCGAAAUUUUUAUGAAGGUGGGUGAUGGUGCGUGCAUAUUUACUACUAUUGGGGGUUUGAAAUGGAGAUGUGUUCAUGGUAAGCCGAGAAUUCGCACUAAUUGUAGGGUAAGAUACCCGAGACUUUGUUCUACUUGUACAGCUUAUGGCAUUCAGUGGAUUUGAGCUUUGGCCAGAAUGUUCUUCUCACCAAUAUUAUGGGUGCAUGCAGCAGCAUCCAUUGCAGGUGCCAAUGCAGACGGAAAACUUCUGAUAAAAUUAGUAUGGUAGUAACUCUCCAUCUGAUGUAUGCGAUGAAUUCCAACAUUCCUCGUAGAAUUUAACGAGUACAGAUUUUAUUUUUUUGGGUUUUUGUUUUCGUAUUUUAAUGUAGGUGUGGUACUAGUGAGUGGAUGUAUCUUUGGCUUUUGUACCAUUAGAACUUGGAAUUGUUCCAAGAGUUUCAACUGUGAAAUCUCCACUUUCUUGUGUUUGGGGAUUCUGAUAUGGUCAAGCUUACAUAGAAUGUGAGAAAUUUUUGGGCGUGCUAGGUCAUGUAUUGCGGUGACAAUACCAGGGGCACCCCAACAAUUUUGUGUAAACUAAGAUAUGUUGGUUUCACCUUGCUUUUGCAAUCUGCAGUUUCUUUGUUA